UACCCUUUUGUUGGUGACAAUUGGUUUCUUUUGCCUUUUGUCACCUUCUUGUUUCCUCUCCAUUAGAAAAAAAUAAAAUCUUGAGGAGACAUUAAGGAACACAUAGAAUUGUGUUUCAUAAUCAAUCCAUUUAUUAUUCUCUUCUAAUAAGGUUUCUGUUACUUGUGAAUUCUUUCACCAAGUACAUAAGAAAUCAAUCUAAAAGACAAAAAAACAAAAAAUAAAAAUAAAAAAAAUUGUUGAUCAUUGUUCAUUAAAAAUUUUGCAAAAAUGAAUGACUUAUUCUCAAGCUCCUUCAAGAAAUAUAGUGACUUGAAGGAGCAAACUACCACUGAUGAUGUUGAAGCAGGUAAAGAAAGUAUCAACCUUGAUAAAUUCUUUGAAGAUGUUGAGAAUGUGAAAGAAGACAUGAGAACAGUUGAGAAGCUAUAUAGAAAAUUACAAGAGUCUAAUGAAGAAAGCAAAAUUGUCCACAAUGCUAAAACAAUGAAAGAUCUUAGAGCAAAGAUGGAUAAAGAUGUUGAACAGGUUCUUAAAAGAGUUAAAAUCAUAAAAGGUAAGCUCGAAGCAUUAGAACGUUCUAAUGCUGCGAAUAGAAAUAUUCCGGGAUGUGGUCCCGGUUCAUCGGCAGAUAGAACAAGAACUUCUGUGGUUAGUGGAUUGGGAAAAAAACUUAAAGAUCUGAUGGAUGAUUUUCAAGGAUUAAGAGCUAGAAUGCAACAAGAAUAUAAGGAAACAAUUGAAAGAAGGUAUUUUACAAUAACAGGUGAAAAAGCUGAUGAAGAUACUAUUGAGAAUUUGAUAUCAAGUGGUGAAAGUGAAACUUUUAUGCAAAGAGCAAUUCAAGAACAAGGUAGAGGUCAAAUUAUGGAUACAAUAUCUGAGAUACAAGAAAGACAUGAUGCUGUUAAAGAAAUAGAGAAAAAUUUGAUUGAGUUACAUCAAGUUUUUUUGGAUAUGGCAGCACUUGUUGAAUCACAAGGACAACAAUUGAAUAAUAUCGAGUCUCAUGUCGCGCAUGCAAGUUCUUUUGUUAGACGAGGAACCGAACAACUUCAAGAAGCAAGAGAGCAUCAAAAAGAAUCAAGGAAAUGGACAUGUUAUGCAAUACUUCUCGGUAUUGUUCUUAUCAUUGUGAUCCUAUUUCCAUUCUUGAUGUCAAUUCUACCUCACUUGAUACUUUAGAGUUUAAAGGUUCAAAGUUAUCAUCAUUAUCUUAAGCAAAGAUUAAUCUUAAAGAGUAUUUUUUCAACCUCAACAACAUCUAGAGAUAGAUUUUUUCUGCAUUCUAAAAUGUGCAUGCUGCAUGAGCUAGCAGCAGAAAAUGGGAAAAGAGUGAUUAUUUCUGAAGCAAGAGAAACAUGACAAUGACAAAACAUUGUAAUAGCAAGUUGACACAAAAUUUCUGUAAUCUUGAUCAGCUUUUCUUUUUUCUCUUUUUAUUGUUCAUGUCUGUUUAGUGACAAUCAAUGAUAGAACAACUUUU